AUGGUCUUUGAGCCUAUAGCCAUUUGGCUCAAAGACCAUCUGCGGCAAAGAAAAGAAGCUCAGGAAGUUCAACCCGAAAGCAACGACAUCCCGCCGUUUGGAGCGGCGCCCAUUGAAAUACGCGCCGCACGGUCUACCCCAGCGGAGUCCGAACACUGGUUGUCAAAACCAAUCACCUUCGACCAUCAGGACUACUCCAGAAGUAUCUGGACUACAGGAUGGACUGAUGCCUUGAUAUUAGAUCCUAUAAUCGACGGACUACAAUUUACUCAAGUCCUAAUGGACAGCGGCAGUGAUCUAAACCUGCUAUAUCAGGACACAAUCCGCAGAAUGGGGAUAGACCCAACCAAAAUUUGCCAUAGCAACACUUCCUUUAAAGGAGCGAUGCCAGGCCCAUAUGCCCAUUGUACGGGCUCUCUACUACUAGAAGUUGUGUUCGGCUCAUCCGACAACUUCCGUCGUGAAAAGUUAGUCUUCCACAUCGCCCCAUUUAAAAGUAGCUAUCAAGCACUACUGGGACGCGGAGCUUUCGCCCGCUUUAACGCAAUACCGCAUUACGCAUCUCUUACACUUAAAAUGCCCGGUCCACGAGGCAUCAUCUCAUUAAAGGGAAACUUUGAACCCCGGACACGGUUAGGCGAGUCCGGUAUAAAUAAACAAGGGGCUUACUAG